AUGAAUUACAAAUUGAAAAUUGGGAAAAUUUUACCUUUAUAUAAAAAAGAUGACGUGCAUUCAAUGGAGAAUUAUAGACCUCUUACUUUGUGCUCCUCUUUUUCUAAAUUACUGGAAUAUGGAUUUAUGGAUCGACUGCUGAAACUUGUUGAGGAAAACAAGUUAAUCAAUGAGUGACAGCAUGGUUUUCAGGCUAGCAAAUCCACAAACUCUGCUAUCCAUACAUUGUCAAUGUAGGGGAGGGCCCUGUUGGGGUCUUCUGUGACCUCAGCAGAGCUU